UCUAAGUGAUAUUCAAUUUCUGAAUGUCAGGUUAUUAGCAUCCAAAGUGAUGAUCUAAUCUUAGAAGGUUUCAAACGCAUGAAGGACAACAGAAUAGGUGGCCUACCUAUUGUUGAGGAUUCAAAUAGAAAAAUGGUGGGAAGUUUAUGCAUACAGGACAUCAGAUUCUUGUUACUCAAGCCUGAGCUCUUCUCCGGUUUCAGGGAACUGACUGUAAUGAAUUUCAUCAAGGCUAUAGAGACAACCUGUCCUGAUUCAGGGACACAGCUACCUACGUGCACUCCUGAUACUUGUCUUGGAAGUGUGAUAGAUAGCUUGGCUUCAACAAGUGUGCACCGAAUUUACGUCGUGAAUGGAGAUGAAGUUAUUGGUGUCGUAACUCUCAGGGAUGUCAUUUCUUGCUUCAUCUAUGAGCCUCCUGGCUUCUUAGAAGAGUUUUUUCGUUCAGCCAUCAAAGAUAUGGUGGCUUCAUGACUCUUUAGUUGGAACUUAGAAAAAGCUAACCUGGUGAGGUCAAAACUGCAACAAAUUCAAACCUUUUAAAUCUACAAUAAAUUGUUUCAGAUGCACUUUUUACUGAAUUCUAUAAUAAACAUGCAGUUCAAAAAUUGCCUUUAAUUACGUUAAAGUAUUUCUUUUCUAA